GGAAGCGUCGCGCAGUCCUAUAACCCCUGAUGGCGGCGGUAGGCUUCUGGGCGCGGCGCCGCGGAGAUUGAGCUGCGAGCCUGGCGGGCGUGCGCCUAGCCACGUGCCCCCCACCCCCACCCCCGGGCUCUUCACCCUAAUGCUGCACGGGUGCUGAGCCCGCCCGGGCCGGGACGAUGGUGAAGUAUUUCCUGGGCCAGAGCGUGCUCCGAAGUUCCUGGGACCAAGUGUUCGCUGCCUUCUGGCAACGGUACCCGAAUCCCUAUAGCAAACAUGUCUUAACCGAAGAUAUAGUGCACCGGGAGGUGACCCCCGACCAGAAGCUUCUGUCCCGGAGACUCCUGACCAAGACCAACAGGAUGCCACGUUGGGCAGAGCGACUGUUUCCUGCCAACGUUGCUCACUCUGUGUACAUCCUGGAGGACUCUAUUGUGGACCCACAGAAUCAGACCAUGACCACCUUCACCUGGAACAUCAACCACGCCCGGCUGAUGGUGGUGGAGGAACGGUGUGUUUACUGUGUGAACCCUGACAAUAGCGGCUGGACCGAAAUCCGUCGGGAAGCCUGGGUCUCCUCUAGCUUAUUUGGUGUCUCCAGAGCUGUCCAGGAAUUUGGUCUUGCCCGGUUCAAAAGCAAUGUGACCAAGACAAUGAAGGGCUUUGAAUACAUCCUGGCCAAGCUACAAGGUGAGGCCCCUUCCAAAACCCUUGUUGAGACAGCCAAAGAGGCCAAAGAGAAAGCAAAGGAGACGGCACUGGCAGCUACAGAGAAGGCCAAGGACCUGGCCAACAAGGCCGCUACCAAGCAGCAACAGCGGCAGCUCGUAUAACCCGCUUCCUCUCCCUCUCCCCAGUGUGCGUGAUUAUUAAAGAGCAACCUGCAGCCCUCUCUGCUGUCAGGGCCCUGUCCUGGCCAGCAUCUGCACCACACCCAGCUCUGUCUGCCGGGCACAGGGUGCAGUGACACCUGCAGCCCUCUCUGCUGUCUGGGGUGGUGGGUCAGGGCGCUGUCCUGGCCAGCAUCUGCACCACACCCAGCUCUGUCUGCCAGGCACAGGGGUGCAGUGACUUGCCCAAGGUCACAGCCAUGCGCAGGUGAUAGACUGUACGCUCCAAGAGGGCAGGGCUCCUUGUUUGAUUCUCUGCUGUGUCCCAAGUACCCUGAACAAUAUUUAGCACAUAACAGGCACUCAAUAAACACAUGAUUUGAUUAGCCCCA